CCAGUACGAAAAUUGAGCCCGAAUUCCAGCAGAAGUCAGCUAGAAUUCCAGCUAGUUUGACUGGGAGAGCGCUAAUUUGGUCGAAUUUUUUUUAGUGGGGGUUUAUACAAAACUGUCAAACACGAAACAAAACAAACGAAAUUUAAGUGAAAAGUUGGGGUCGGUGAAAUGUAGUGAUAAAUUUGCAUGCAAUCUCACAUCUUUUAAGGAUUAGCGUAACGGAAAUGAAUUCCCAAAUAAACAUAAAAACUACCUGCCGUACAUGCAUGCAAAGUACGGAAGACGGAAGGCAAAUUUUUGCAGAUUUCGAAGAUACCACAAUCGCCAGCGUUCUAGCAGAGUGCACUGCCGUGCAGAUUAUCAACGACGAAUCACUUCCGAAUCAAAUAUGCAACAAAUGUUUCACUGAACUGUCAGGCUAUGUUGAAUUCAUCAAACGGGCUAGAGAAACUGACAAACAACUAAGAAAGCUGCUCAAAAAACCUUUUGACAACGACAAAAGAGAACUAUCGGUAGUACUAACAGACAUACUCAAACAAGAGCAGCGAAUCAAAUCAGAAGAGGAGAUAUCAGAUAUUGAUCACAACGAAUCAGUCGCUGAAGAUAGCGUACUACCGGCUAGCAAAUCCUUCUACAUGAUGGUGGAGCUGAAUUCUCCAAAGAAAGCCACACGUUCUAGGAAAAUCGGUCGAAAGGCGAAACCAAAGCCUGAACCGGAACCGGACAUACUCGAUGAGAUUGAGCAACGUACCUUCGCCAAAAUUGAAAUUCCUCCCGGUCAUUCCGUUUGCUGUGGAUGUUUUCAAAGUUUCGCGAGCAUGGAAGACCUACUUCAGCACGGUUCAACGUCUCACAGUAAGAACCGUCCGAUCAACACCAUUAAGGAGCAUGUGUGCAAAAUUUGCUUCCGACGUUAUUUGACCCAGCGGGCAAUCACGGAACAUCGGGAUAAAAUUCAGCAAAUGGUAAUUUAUGAAUGCAGCAUCUGUCAGAUGCGUUACACUCAGGCUAACAAGAGGAGAUUGCAUGCUCACAACCACGACAAGCAAGCGCAAUUCCUGUCGGAAGAGGCAAAAGCGCAGCUCGGUAAAAUAUGCUGUGCGGUUACAUGUAACGAAUCAUUCCCCACGGAAGAGCUACUGAUUCAGCACGCUCGAACAGCGCACAAGUUCAACGCGAUCGAAGCAAAGAUGAAUUUCAGCGAGGAACGUCCAAUAGGCUGUGAUAUCUGUCACAAACAUUUCUCGACCGAACAAGGUCUCGAGCAGCAUCGCAUCCGAAAGUAUCUCCCCAGAAAGCAUCAGUGUUCGAUUUGUGGCGAAAAAUUCCUCGCUCCUUCCGCAGUAGUCGAACACGAGCUGACUCAUCGGAACGAAAAGGAUGUCCAGUGUCAGGUUUGUCCGAAGCGGUUUUACACGGCGAAACAGUUAAGGGAACACAUGAGGAAACAUUUCGCCCCACCAAAGUUUGUGUGUUCUCUCUGCGGGAAGGCAUUCAAACAAAGUAAUACGCUGAACGCUCAUAUGCUGGCUCACGAAGGUAAGCUACCGUAUGUGUGCGAUGUGUGCAAUAAAGCUUUCCGGGUGAAAAACAAACUGCAGUAUCACAUGCGGACGCACACCGGGGAGAGACCGUACCCGUGCAGAUAUUGCGAGGCAGCGUUCGCUGAAUCUACUAAUAGAAUGAGGCAUGAGUUAAUUCAUUUGAAAGAGAAAAAUCUGCAUCAAGAAUGAUGCGUCACAAAAGCAUUUGUUACUAUGAAACAAUUAUAUUGAGAAACGAAGCGAAGGGUUCAUUAUUUGUGUGAAUUAAUAUCACUCGAAUUGAAGUCGUAGUAGUCACGACUGUAUGUUAUAAGAGAAAAUGUUGGCGUCAG